AUGAACCACGCGAACGGUCACGGGCAACAUGGCACGUACCCCCGCGAAGGGGACGCCAUUGAAUGUACUUACGGCGCGUUACCAUCGCGCGGCGAUGGCUCCAUCUGCAGUGACUGUCACCACAACGUCCAUCAUAAGCGGUUGACGUCUCCUGGUGCAAGGACGUUGCUAGCGGCAAAUCCACAGUUUUCCUAUGUUAAUCGAAAAGACAUUGACGUGAGAAAGAUCAAACAAGGCAUUCAAAUGGCUGAGCGCGCCAUCGACGAGCAACAAAAACUGAUUGAAGCGCUGGACACGACCAAGAAGUUGCGAGAUCAGCGAGCCCGCCUCGACGCCGAAAUUGCCCGUCUCGAAAUUGACCUUGAUGCCGCAAUGUUGACGGCUUUGUUGACAGAUGAUACCAGUCCCCCAUAGAUUUCUUUAACACACAGGCGACGUUUUGUACAAUUCCUAAUAUUCUCCUUGGUAGUAUACCCAUGAAAUAUAUAG